AUGCUGCCUGCAGACCAACUCUCGGCCUAUCUCCUUUUGGUUUCUUCGUGCAUUUCCACACCGCUACGCAGAAGCAUCCGAAUGUCCGUGCUGCGUGGAGCGUCGCAAAAAGGCCAAAUUCAUAGCUUUGCCUUGGCCCCGACCAUGCAGCGCGUUCAUCAUCCACCACAGCGGACGCGCCAAACACGUAAUCGCUCGGAUAUGCACUGGUCAAAGGGCAAACGUCAAGUGAAGACGCCGUUGGAGCAGUUCAGCGGCCUUAAUCUUCCUUCAGCAGCGGCAGCUGCCACCCGCCCAACUCCAGAAAGUGUGGGAAGUGUCGUGGGCAGCGUGCGCUGCAAGCACUGGCACGUAAACGCACCUGCCCUUUCAAAAGAAUAUGCCUUGCCGCAAACUACACGUCAUGAUGCAUCUGAGAGAAGUGAGUAUUAUUGGAGCAUUAAAAAUCAUUUGCCCCAAAGAGCAGACAUCACAACUUGCCAUUCGUCUACCACAGACUCUCACAACAACUAA